GGCGUGGUCUCAAGGCGGUACUGCCUGGCCUUGAGGGUCAAAUACUCAGCGACGCCUUUGAGAUGAAGAGACCAAAUUUGCCUUUAACAUGGGAAUCGAUAACCCACCAUGAAAAUUGUGUAUUCGAGCUGGGCUCCACCAGCCUGAUCGCCCGGGAUUCGGUGACCAUGGGAUGUCCUCUUGCGUACCAAUCUCGCCAAAGCUCGAGCGAGGACGAGACCCUUUCUUGUCCAGUUGAUAGAGCGCCCCCUCCCGACAAAGAGGGUACACAGCACUCGCUGCGAAGUGGGAUAAUUGAAGAUGAUGGCGACAGCAGCGAGGGAGAAGCUCACCGCCAAAGACAAAAGGAAGUGAAGAAAAGCUUGGUACCAGCACACCCCUGGUUGAUAAAACCGCCCGGUGACACCCGUAUGCAAAUCAAUAAAUCGACAUUAAAGUACUCAGAGAUUUUAGAAGAAGUGUACCACCCGAGACAGAUCAGACUGAAAGGUCAGAUGCUGUGUGUUCCAGAAUGGCGUGCGUACAUAUUCCUGGCAACACCGAUGCUACCCGACCUUCAGGUUAUGUUCCAGACAGGGUUAUACAUCAACGACCUCAGCAUGCACGAUUCGAGCCGAGAUCUGGUACUAGCCGGUACCCAGCAGUCCGCAGAACUAAAACUUGCCUUAGACCAGGAGCAACGGAAAAGCGCACAACUUGAACAAAGCAUGAUGAAACUCGACCAGGAGAUGAAGAGAACCGAUUCGCUGCUCUACCAGAUGAUACCAAGACAAGUAGCAGAGAAGCUCAGGAGAGGGGAACCAGCGACAAGUACCUGUGAGGUAUUUACUGCUGUAACUAUUCUCUUCAGUGAUGUAGUGGGCUUCACGACAAUCUGUUCGCGGAUCCCACCGAUGGCAGUCGUCUCUAUGCUGAACGGCAUGUACACAAAGUUUGACAACCUCAGCGAACUGUACGAAGUCUACAAGGUGGAAACCAUAGGAGAUGCGUACAUGGUGGUGUCCGGUGCCCCUACGACGACGAAGUACCAUGCUGUACGAAUAGCAGAGAUGUCUCUGGGAAUGAGAGAGAGUAUGAACGACCUCAGAGACCCUUCAAGUAAUAGUGAUAUCGUCAAGAUUAGAGUCGGUAUCCAUACAGGUAUGGUCGUGGCGGGUGUGGUUGGACUGAAGAUGCCUCGAUACUGUCUCUUCGGCGAUACUGUCAACACAGCAUCAAGAAUGGAAUCGACUGGGGAAGCACUGAAGAUCCAUAUGAGUGAGACUACGAAAGCGGACCUAGAUCAGUGGCCAGGGUACUAUGAUAUAGAGGAAAGGGGUUCGACGGUUGUCAAGGGCAAAGGAGCGAUGAAGACCUACUGGUUGCAUGGUAAGACCACGGAUGCCAAUGUGAACUCACCACUGGGUCUCGUCAAAGAGGAGAAUGGAACGUCGCGAUCAAGACAGUCCUCCAUCGACUCGUCACCGGUAUUACGAAGUAGAAGUAUAGCUGGUUCACGUAUGGCAAUGGAUGGUGAGCCAAGGAGUGCAUCGGCCACAUCGAGGACCUACUCCCCCGUCAUCACCGCCGAAGUUCUGGACCGUGCCUUAACACCACAGGCACUACGAGCCAGCCUUGCACCGAACGAAAGCUCCGACAGGCUCAGUCUUUCUUCAACCGAAACCAUCAAGCCCUGCAGCGGCGGCGACUGCCUCAGCAUAGUCCGGCGUGACAGCAAAGCUAGCAUCUUCAUGGGAUACGUCCCAGUGACGCCCUCUAUCGGUGACUCAGUUGCAGAGGCUGCUCCGAAGACGGUAUGCACCUGUCAACGGAAGUUGUCGCUCAUCAAUAAAGAGGUUCAAACUGAGGAUGUGGAGACUAUUGCUAAUGACUUUGUCAAAGGAACUGAGAUGAACUCUUAUGGGUUAGACGAGAAGAGACCGCAGGGUAAUGGAGCAGAGACUGAUAGAUUUGUUGGGGGAAUGGAUGGGACUAAAGGACAGGCCAACGUUGCCCACAGUUCUGCAUGUUGUAUUCUCUAGCACUGUCUAAUAUCCGUUGAGCGCGCGCAAAUAGAAGCUUCGCUCAAAGCUUCUCCCUCUGUUAAACUGCUCAAAUUUCCAUUGCUCUUAAGCAUGUUAAGUGGGUCUGAUGUAGGAGUGUGCCAGUGUCAUUGCAGCUACAGUGGCAGUUGGUCCCCAUUUGAAUAAAUUUGUUUCGAUGGUGUUUGCAAAAGAAACAAGGUCCUGCUGGGAUUGAUAUAAAUGUUCACCAGAAGCGGAAGGAUUACUUAAGGGAUAAAGGUUUUGCUGACUUGUACUGUGUUGUCUUGUCAAUACUCCGUAAAAAUUGGAUUUAAAUUUGCGUGGCCUUUUAUUACAAAACUUUGCGACAGAUUCAAGUCAAAUUCAGAGUGAGAUUGAUCUCAAUUUUUCUAUCUCUUAACUACACAUUUUAGAUCAAUAACACUUUGAGUUUGAAUUGAAUAUGUCAGAACUCUUUGAAAGACGUGCCCUGAUAUCUACCCCGUCAACACUGAAUUGUGUCCUAAAUAAGGAGCACAUCAUGUAGACAGUAACCAGUGCAGCUGGUAAUCUGUGAUACAUCUAAAAAUAUGACGUUUCAAACAGGAUAGCAUCAAAAUUAUCAAACCCUUUCAACACGUACGUUAGCUGUUUCUUAUCUCUUAUACUCUUCAAUGAUAUAUCGCAAAAAUAAAUGUUUCUUAAUGGGUUUUUUUUCCAAAACCGUGUACAAAAACGUAACAAUGAUCAACUAAUUGCAAUUUUUGGACGGUCCUUCCCUCCUCCCACCACCACCAACACACACACCCUCACACACAUACUUUCAAAACCGUUCCGCGGUCCCUGUCCUUAAACUGGACUGUUGUUAGACAUGCAUCUUACAGUAAAAGUCUGAACAUAAAUAUUAUAGAGGUUAUUAACAGAGUCAGGAAAUCUUAUUUCGACCAGUGUCAAGUCAUAGUUCUGAAAGUAACUUUAGAAAAUCUUUUAGAUUGCACUGACCAAGUAUUAAUCGAACCAAAUAUGGCAUAAAAAUCCAUCAUCCAAAGUUUGAAUCAAAAUUAGACUUAUCUGAUUUUAUUCACUUGAGGAACAAUUCACAAUACAUUUAAAGCAAAAUAAUAAUAUGUCGCGCUAGUAGCGUACGCAGGGGGUUGGCUACAGGUGUUGUUUCUUUUUGUGUUGUUUUGCUUGUUAAAUUUUUUUGAGGUACAAACGGACGUGAAAUUGGCGGUAAAGAUCUUUUUUUUUGCUUGUCAACAUUUCAUCAGCUUAAACCCCCACCCCUAUAAAAAUCAUGCGUACGUUACUGUAUCGCACAAAUGUCUCUUCAGCAACACGUUUUCUGUAAAAACUAGCAAGUCUAGUUUAUAAAGAUACACCUAUCAUCCCUUCAGACCGGGAAGGACGCUAUUUAAAUGUACCAGUGCCUAACUUUGUAAAGAUAUACGGCAAUGAAAUGUACAAGUUACACCAUCGAUGCGAAUACUUACCUCAUCCAUAUUGCAUGUAUUGUAUUUUCCCGCCCUUUUUUAUUCAAACUCUAAACUCGACGUAAUAUCAUCUUUUCUUCCGAAACAAUAAUCUACAAUUUCAGUUCGAUGGGCAACUCAGCAUGUAUGUUUGGUGAAUUUGCUUUGAUUUUCGAAGUUUUCAUGUCGUGAAAUGCAGUAAUAUACAAGGUUUUGGCUUAUAAAGGCUUGAUUCAAAAGACGGUCUGGAAUAUUCCUAGACGUAAUCCACCAAAAUUCAAAGAUUUCGCAUACAACAAGAAUCAACAAAUUUUGAUAGAAAUGUCAUAUUUAUUUACUCUGGUAAACGUAUGAUUUAGGAUCAAUGCAAUCCUACUAAACAUGUUAAAUUUUAAAAACUCAAGUGCUCUGUUAUUUGAUUGUAAAUAUUCAUUUUUGUUGUGGGCGUGCGUUUUGUGUGCUACUUUAUUGCAUUUAAAGUGGGUUUCGUGAACUUUGAUUUGCAACCAUUAGUCAGGGUCAUUGGUUCAAUACCUUUACAGAAACAAAAGGCUUUUUACAUGCAAUUCGUGUGCAUUUGCAAAAAGAAAAAAUAGCUGCCUAAUUCGCAAAAUAACGAGCAGCUCGAAUUAUUGAUGUGGCCGUUAGCAAACGCAAACAUUCUAAAUCAAUAUUUAAAGUUACGAACUGCUAUAUUCAUUUUACGCAUUGUACAAAUAUUUGACUGUGUGUGAACUUUUAAAAGACGUUUCAAAAUAUUUUAUAGUUUUAUAUAUUGAGGAGUAAGAUAUUUAUAGAUUAUUGGUAGUAUUUUAACUUCCUUUCUGUUUUUUAUUAUAGUAUGGAAUCUUCAUAGGAACGUCAUAAAAGGUACCGAAAGGGGAAGGAAAAUUCUUCAUUUCAUUAUAAUCAUAUUUUUUUAUUAUUGUUUCACGAUUUGAAUUUUAAUAAAUUAAAGGAGGAUAUAACAUUCUUGGUUUCAUUUUAUUCUAAUUCGUUUGGGUAACACCACAAAUUUAUAAAUUUACUGAAGCACAAGUAUACCUCGGAAUGGUUUCCAUACAUAACACCAUGCGUUUUACUUUUUGUUCUUGGUUUUUGAGGGAGGGUUGUUUGUGUUUUUGUUUUGUUUUUCCAUUGGCCGGGGGGUUUGAAUAGAGUAGAUAUUCAACAACAAAAGACAUGAUAGUGAAAGAGCAAUGAUUACAAGCUGUGUCGUUUUUGCUCUUCUGAAAUAGAAAACAUAUGAUUUAGUGUACACUUUUGACAGACUGAGUUUUUUGGUAAAUAUGUCAAUCAUGUCAAUGAAUAAAAAUAGAGAAUGAUGAUUAUAGACAGUUACUGUUCUCCGCAGCCUCUUGCGAGGUAUUAUACAUGAUUGUAAAGGUUCGCUCUCAUCUUGCCAUUUCGAGGUAAAACUAUGUGAUAUUCUAAUAGAGUUGCUGGCAACUAUUUCUUGUUCAAUAUUCUACAUUAUAUUCUUUGAGCAUAUCAGGACGAAUGUUAUGCAUAUUUAUACAUUUAACAAACGACCGCGAAUGUAAUUUAAAGUUUGGUGAACAUUUUCGUUUUAGGAAAUGAUACAUGUUUACUGAAUAACCAGGGAAUCAUUUCAUGAAACAGAUAGUCCGUGAUUUCCACUAGAAAUUUCACCCACAGCCAAUCAGAAACAAGGAUUUCAAUAGCUUAUCACUAACAGUCAAUUAAAGUCAGUCAAGAUGUUUCAUUGAAAUGGUUCCCUGAUAGAUAUCUCUGAAAAAUGGUUCUGCAAAAUGGGGUUGACACAAUUUGUUUCCUGUAUAAAUGUAAUAGAAAACGAGUCCGCUAUAAUCAUCAAUGUGCCGUUAGCUUGUUAGUACAUGAUAAAUGAAUGUAUAACAUGGAUGAACAAAUGAAGGGGAAUUUGAAAAUUGCAUUUUAAUCAUAAAUUCAUGUUCCGAAUAGAUUUAAAGAUUAGUUUGCGUCUCAUGUUACUGUCAGGUUUUGGGGCACCGCUACGCAGAACAAAUUCAAAAACACAGCAAAUGUAUUGAAAAUGCCUGUCCAAUGACAAUGACCCACCGGCAGGUCUUUGUCGAAAAAUUGAUGAACGGGUAGAGUAGUUUCGUACAAGUAUCGGAGCUGACGAAAAUAAAGGAAAUAGGUCGUUUUUCUUGAGUCCAGGACGAAACUGCUGUGUUUAAUCACCAAUUGUCGACAAAGACUUUUUGGUUGCUCAUUGUCAUGAAGGUCGUUUGACAAUACAUUUUCUAUGUUCUUUAUUCUGCAAUCAUUUUAAGGAAGAAUAAAGAGGUCGCAUUGUUAUGUUCAAUAAGUUCAUUAAAAAAUAAAGAUUCAGAUUCUUCUACUUUCUAGGAGAUUGAAGAAAUAUUUCAUCUGUCAGAACUUGACAGGGCAGGCGAUGUUGUAUUUUGUCAAUAAAAUAUUUCGUAAAUCUUCAGAACGUGUGUAUGAUACGACCAACCUUCAUUAUGCAGAACAUACGAUGUAUAGAAUAUACAGUGUAAAUAAAGUAUAUCUAUAUAUUAUAAUAAUCGUUAUUUUUAAGAGGUGUGUUAUUAAAAAAUAUCUUUGUACAGAAACUAAUCUCUCGCGAGAUACUUUGCACAAAUAUGUAUAUGGAGAUUUAUGAUGUUGAAUAUUUUAUAAAGUCAUGUACUAUAUAUGUAUAUUCUUACUUAUACGUACAACUAUACGUUUCACAGUGCGUCAAUAUGUGUAAAUAAUAUCAUUUGUUAAUUUAUAUCCAUGUGUCCAAGUGUACUAUAAUCAUUUUAUAUGAUAUUUUAACGCCCUUAAAACAUUUUUCCUUGAUACUUUCAGUAUAUUUAGCUCCAAGUUUUUCACUUCAGUUCAACAUUAUGACAUCGAGAGAAAUGACAUUGAUUGAAUUAAUAAGAACUUAUAUUAAUGUCAGUCAUUUUCCGUGACGUGAUUUUAUCUUUAUUUUUGAAGGUUAUAUGUGCGGAAAUGAUAUCAAGGAAAUAGGAAAAAUCUAAUAUAUUAUCAAAACAAGGAACUCACAAUAGUAAAAAUAAAAUCAUGUUUCUUUCCCCUCGUAAUUCAGAAUGUUCGAGAUAUCUGCUAUUAUAGUUAAUGUAUUUGUCUUUAAUUCUUUAUAAUUAUUCAUUCAUAAAAAAAAUAUUUAGCAAAGUAAUGACGAAUUAUGCUUCGGUAAUUGAAACCCACGUUUAGUCGAUGGUUUUUAUUCUGCCAAGUUUCCAUAUUCAGUCACAUUAAUGAGACCGACUGCAAACCGACCGAUAAUAUAACAUUGGAAAUAACGUUAUAGCUUUGAUCGGUCUGGAGUCGGUUUCGUAAGUGUGACUGUAACCUCUAUGUAUAGAGAGAGAUGUAUGUUCUUGUUGUUGAGAUCAUAAUUAUCUUGCCUUUGUUACAUUUUUGUGCCUCAUGAGUGUAAUAAAUUUCUGAGAGAGUCGAUUGGCAUAAACUAGAAAGACCAGUUU